AUGACUCUGCUAGAACAACACAUUUUCCUCAACAAUCUGGAGAAAUACUUUUUGAAGAGCCGACAAGGAGGACCGUCAGCUGUUCGUCUCACUAUCAAGCCUUGUAAGUAAUUUUAUCUUUGCAUUUCCGUUGGUUUAGAUAUAAUUGAACAUCUUUUGUGUUUUUUGACGGAUUUUAUGAGAAUUGGACGCUAUUUUUGGAUGAAAGCUAUAAAUUUAUUAACGAAGCUAAAUGUGUUUAGUAUUCAUUGAGCUUUUGACUUGGAAAAAGACAAAUUUGAAAGUUUGUCCCGCUCUUAAAUUAUCGUUAAUAAUUUUAUUUUUUCAGAUGAUGGGCGAACUCGCCCUGAACCAAGGUCCGAAGAGAAGAAGCAGAAACUUGGAAAGAAGGCUAGGAAAACUCAGAAACGAAAGAGGGCUGAGGAGCCACCGAAGGAAGACCUUUGUCUAGUUCGAGCCAAGGUCGGAAGCGAACAUAUCAGUACUGUGGUAAGGUUUUUGAUUUUUUCUUUGAUUUUAGGUACCAUUGUACUUCGAAGUGGCUCUAAAUUCAUUAUCGUUCUAUUUUUUAGCUCCGUGCCAAAGAAGUCAACAGGUUCCAUAUCCAAUACAUGGGAUUGCUGCGGGAGCACAUGAACACCCUUCAAAAGCCGGCCAAGGAGAAGAAAACAGCCCGUCGAGUGGUCGCCAAGGCCAAUUAA